AUGAGCAUUUUAAUAGGACCUGGAUGCAUUUGUCACACACUAAUGAUUGGUGGCCAUCUGGUGCUAAGUAGAUUGGUGGGCCCCUCACAUCAUGCUAGUUGACUUCUCCUUGAUUCUAGUAUGGCCCAAUCACUAAGUGAAGUUUCUGGCAAUAUGGAAGUCCUGGAGGCCAGUGAUGAAGGAAAGAAAAAAUCCAAAUUUAAAGCCUUCAAAAGCUUUUUUGGCAAGAGAAAGAAGAAAGAACCCGAAGACACCCAGGAAGACAGGAGGCUAAAAGCAAGCUUCUCCAGCGGCAAUAUUAAUAUCUCUUCUCUGAAGCCAGUUCUGGCAGAUGAACUACCUGAGAUCAGGUCCAAGAGCAGCAUGGGGAUCAAAGCCCUAUCCCAUGAGAGCAUCUUCAUAUUGGAUCUUGAACUUGAAACAGCAACUAAAGUGAGCCCCUCACCAGAUCCCCAGAGAGGCAGAACCCGGCAGAGAUCUCGUAUUUCCAGAACUCUGCCUAGAAGUGGGCUUAGUCAUGUGUCUGGAGCUGUGUCUGAAGUUAUGUUUGGAGCUUUGCCCCGAUCUAAGUCCAGAAGUGGAAUCUGGGUUGCAGGCUCCAAGAUCACUGAGAGCUCCUCUGAGACACCAUCUGGACUCAUUCGCUCACUGUCAUUGGCCACACUUGCCUCUUCCAGCAGCACCCAGCUGUCCAUUGGUUUCAGCACCCCAGCCACCACCCAGGGCUGUUUGGAUUCUUCAGCUGCUCGACACAAGAUGGCUCUAAACCCUCGGAAACAAAAGAUCAAGAGGAACCUUCAAGUGACUGUGGAAGCAAGCCAGGAGGAGCCAAGCCUUCCACUGGCCUCUGAUGAAGAGAAGAGUACAACCCAAGCCAAAGAAACUGGCCAGAAGAAGCCCAAAAAAGACAGUGCAGGUCCCUCGAGCCAGAAACAGAGCAACAAAACUGAGAUUCAUGAUAAGAAGACAACAGAUCAGGCUUCAAACACUGACGCUACUGGGAGUCAGGGCUACCCACUGUCAGCAGCACAUAGAAGAAAACGUGGAAGGAAAGAAUUCGUUUCUUCAGGAAUGAGUGAGUGUGGACCCAAAGGAAGAAGCAUCAAAAAAUCCAGUCAAGGUCAUGGCCAAGGAGAUCAAGCUAGGCCCCUGUCUGCCAUGAUUCUGGCUAAGGAUUGCCCUCUCUGGCACCUGCCUUUGAAGAAGCAAGUUAUGGAGCAACCCACAACUCCACAAGUGGAAACAGCUACCCCUCAAGAGUUGCUUUCAGAGAAAAGUGAUACAGGAAGGAAAAAUGGCAGCACAGAUGAUGGAGGCAAAAAAGCAUCAGCACUGCAACCCCUACCUAAACAUGUGAAAGAAUCCAUGGUUAGUGGGCCACCACCAUAUAAUGAAGAUAGGGCUUCUGGAGCUGAGAAGACAGAAGACAGAGCUUCUCUUUUACCAGUAAUGGCAAGUCCUUCUACAACCCCGGCAGAUGUCGUUCCCUCAGUGAGCGUGGGGGCUCAGGCAUUUAUGGAUCCUUCUCAUGUUCAGUCAGAAGGGAAAGCAGCUUCCAGCUUUGAUCCACAAAAUGCCAAAUUUAAGAUGGAGUCAGACCAAUGCACCCCAACUAUCUGCAAAGAAAAUUCUCCUGGAAAUGUGUUCCAGGCCUUUAUAAAAAGUGCUCCAGGUACAGCAAGGGCUGCUAGGGCAAGAAGAGGCAUUUCUGCAGAAAAGCUGCCUCCUAGAAGACCUUCCCAGGCUUUGGAGAGGCCUAAGGACCGUCAACAAAUCUCAGAUUCAGAGAGUACUUCAGAGAAAGAGAGUGAUUCUGAGGAGUACCUGGAUCCUGGACGCUCUUUCCAGGACUUGGGGAAGUCUGAAGAUGAACAAGAAGCCUCCUCAGAGUUAGAGAGUACUCCAGAGGAGGGGAGUGGUUCUGAGGAGCAGCAGGCCACUGAACACUCUUUCCAGUCCGUGAGGAAGCCUAAAAAUGGACAAGAGGUCAUCUCAGAAUCAAAAACUUUUGUUGUGGAAACAAGCACUUCUGAGGAACAACUUGUUCCCAGAUGCCUUUCCCAGGCUCUGAGAAAGCCUGAAAAUGAAGAUGUCUGCACAGGAUCAAGUAGUUAUGUUAAAAAGGACAAUAAUGCUGAAGAUUGGAGCAGUUCUGAGGAAAACCUGUCUCCCAGAUAUACUUCCCAAGCCUUGGGAAAGGCUGAAGACCAACAAGAAGUCUCCUCAGUUUCUGAGGGGAGUCCAGAAAUGACUGCUGCUAAGGAGGGCAUGUCUAUGCAGACACUGUCUACUAGAUCUCCUUCCCAGCCCUUGGUGAAACCGGUAGUUGAGCAACAAGUCUCCUCGAGUGCAGAAAGUGCUACGGUUGGGGAGAGAAUUUCUAUGAAACCAUUGCCUCCCAGAAGUUCUCUUCAACCAUGGGUGAGCCCUAAAGUCGAGCAACAAGUCUCUUCAUUUCCAGAAAAAACAGUUGUUGAAGGGAGCAUUUCUAUGGAGCAACUGCCUCCUAAACUUUUCCCCCAGUCAUUGAUGAACCUUAAAGUUGAGCAAAAAGUGUUCUCAGGUUCAGAAGAUGUAGCUGCUGAGAGGAUCAUUUCUGUGGAGCCUCUGCUCCCCAAAUAUUCUUCCCAGUCCAUAACAAAUCCCAAAGUCAAGCAAAUGUUAGAGAGCACUGCCGUUGAGGAGGGCAUUUUGGUGGAGCUGCUGCCUCCUGGAUGCUCUUUCCAGCCCUUGAUGAGGCCUAAAUUCCAGCCACAGAUCAUUACCCUAGAUGCAAUGAGCACUUCUGCAGAAUGGAAAAGGAGCGAUACUGUGGAGCCAGUGCCAACCAGAUGUCCUUUCCAGCCAUUGGUGAGCCCUAAAUCUGAACAACAAGUCUCUGCAGGUCCCGAGAGUGCUGCUUCUGAGGGAGACAUGUCUAUGGCAUCGCUGCCUCCCAGACAUCCUUCCCAGUCCAUUGUAAGGCACAGAGUCCAGCAAAUUUCCUCAAGUUUUGAGAGGGCUGCUGUUGCGAGGGGAAUUUCUAAGAGGCCACUGCCUCCCAGAUAUCCUACCCAGUUCUUAAUGAGGUCUAAAGUCCAGGAAAUGUCCUCUCGUCUAGAGAACACUGCUGUUAAAGGAGGCAUUUCUAAGAAAUCGCUGCUUCCUGGGCGUCCUUCCCAGUCAUUUGUGAAGUUCAUGGUACAGCAAAUCUUUUCGGGUUCAGAGAACCCUGCUGUUGAGAGGAGCAUUUAUGUGGAUCCUCUGCCUCCAGAUCAUUCUUCCAAAUCUUUGUGGAGGCCUAAAAUCGAGCAGCAAGUUUUCUCAGGUCCUCAGAGUGCUGACAUUGAGGAAGGCAUUUCCAUGAAGCCGAUGCCUACAGAGUGCCCUUUAUUGUCCUUGGCGAGGCUUGAAGAUCAACCCGAAGUUUCCUCAGGUUCACAGAAUGCACCAGAGAAGUGGAGCAGCUCUAAAGAGCAAAUGCCUUUCAGACACCUUUCCCAGGCCUCGGGAAAGCCUGAGCACCAGCAAGAAAUCCCAGUUUCUGAGAGCUUUCCCAAAGAGGGGAGGAGCUCUAAGGAGCAGCUGCCUUCCACAUUCCCUUUCCAAGCCACAGAUUUCCAGCCACAGAUUUCCUCAACAGGGUCAGAAAGUGUAGCUAUAGAGUGGGGUAAUCCUGAUAUGCAACUGCCUCCCAGGCGCCCUGUCCAGACUUUUGGAGAUCCUGAAGAAAAGCAACAGAUUCGUUCAAGUUCUGUGAGUGAUACAGCUGAAGGAACCAUUUUGAAGAGUGAUCCUGGCAGCCAGUCCUUACCAAGAGCCCCAGUUUCUCCAGACAAAAUCGAGAGACAGAGCCAAGGCUCCGAAGACCUCACUAAGUAUGCCCCAUCCCUUGCUAACAAACCUCUGACAUUCACCACUGAUCCUGCCCAGCAAGCAGCCAUUUCUGGAGGCCUUUGCUCUAAGAAAGAAGUUCUCAAGAGAGAUGAUAAAAAUCAUGACAGGGAUCCAAGGUCACCUACCAGUAGGGCUAAUGUUGAAAAGGUUUUUGGAGUGAGACUGAGAAGAAUCCCUUCCUUGCAGAAGUAUAAGAGAAAGAAACAAGAUGGUUUUACCAACCUUCCGACAACCUCUUUGGACCUACCUUCAACAUCCAUAUGGAAAGAACACCGAGUCAGAAGAAACGCUUCCCAGGGGUGCCUGAACGCCUCACAGAACCUCACCAAAGUAUCUGAAUUGGCAAAGAACCAACAGGUGGAGCCCAAAUCUGAAGAUGAAAACAAGAAACCACCUGUUUUCAAGAUCCCAGAAAAGGCUUCUGGUCGACAGUCAGAUCAUGCUGUCUCAGAACCAGCUUGGAUAACCAUGGUAAAGCAGAGAAGGAGGAGAACUUUCCCGGCCCAAUUUUCUGUGAGAGACGUGAACACUAAGAAGGAAGCUGAGGACAAGGCUAAGCCUAAGGAGCCUCAAUGCAGGGGAGCUAACUCUUCAAAAGAAAAUGAAGAAAAGAUUUGUGCUUCCAAUGUCUACAGACAGGAGAAGACGGCACUGCCAAAGCUACCAAAGUCUACCAAAGCAGUUGAAGAUCAGAAGAUGGUUCAAGUGCCUGCCACAGCUAAAGAAAACACAAGAUCUGCAAAUCUUCCAGCAGUGCUCCAAGAGCCAGAUGAACCCAUUUGGGUCUCCCUGGCCAAGAAAAAAGCCAAAGCAUGGAGCAAUAUAGCAGAGAUCAUGCAAUAA